CCCUGUCGUUACCAAACGUCGAUUGUCUGGGGAACUUGCAAGCGGUUAUCAACGGCGGGCGCUAACCGUAGGAGGUAGUUACCCCAACAUCCAGAUCCUUCUUCUCGUACCUACCAACACCAAAACAUUGAACCUCAUCCCGUCUGACGGCAUCUCCAUGUUAAGGAACUUAAGGAUAUUAUUCCAGUACACCGAGGAAGAAACAACCCGGGAUUGCCAACCAUUCUCCCAGCCUCCCCCUAUCCUUUGCAGACCUGACAAGAUGGUGUUCUUCCUAGACUACCUCCAGCACCGGAAAGAUUGGUGAGUCUCUGUGAUUCCCCAGCGCGGCUCCGCGGAUACGACUGGGCAACAGCACUCACCAAAGCACAGUCAAUUUAAGCAAAAUGAGCGAGCCCAACGCAUACAAGCCUUGACGCAGUGCCAUGGCCAUUUCACAGCUCUCGAUCGAGAGAUCACUGAAAUGCCCAUUGAGAACCUGGUAAGAGCUGUGCACAAGAACACGCUAAAUCCCAUCGACAUUUUGCGGACAUACGGAAAGGUUGCUCUGAAGGCUCAGGAAAAGACCAAUUGUGUGACCGAGAUCAUGGUCCCCGCUGCUGAAGGCUGGAUCAAGGACGGUUCAAUCAACAUGAAGGGACCAUUGGCUGGUAUACCGAUCAGCUUGAAAGACAGCAUUGUUGUUGGUGGGUUUGAUGCGACAGUCGGUUACAGCAGUUUCGUUGGGAACAAGGUCCCCGAAGACGGGCCCACAGUGCGCCUGUUGAAGGAUGCGGGGGCUGUCCCUUACGUUAAGACAAACCUUCCCAUCACCCUCCUCAGCUUCGAGUCCACCAAUGAUGUCUGGGGGCGAUGCACAAAUCCACACAACAAUAAGUACUCGCCUGGAGGAUCCACUGGGGGCGAGGCAGCUCUACUUGCACUAGGAGGCAGGAUCGGAAUAGGCAGCGACGUUGCGGGCAGUGUUCGAGCUCCAGCCCACUUCUCUGGUAUCUAUAGUCUGCGAUGUUCCACCGGAAGAUGGCCGAAACUGGGAUUCGCCACAAGCAUGCCGGGCCAAGAAGGCAUACCAAGUGUUUACAGCCCAAUGACAAGGACAUUGAAUGAUUUGACAUAUUUCACACGAUCACUGAUCAGCAUGCAGCCCUGGAAGUACGAUCCCUCGGUCCACCCCCUCCCCUGGCGACCUGAGAUGGAGCAGGAAUUCGCGGAAAAGAAGAAGCUACGCGUGGGUGUCAUGAGAACCGAUGGUGUAGUCGACCCAAGUCCUGCAUGUAUCAGAGCCCUAGAGAAGGCUGAGGCCGCUCUCAAGGCCCAAGGGCAUGAGAUUGUGGAGAUUAACCCCCCUUCACCGUAUGAAGCCUUACACUUGGGCGCACAUCUUCUGAAUGCAGAUGGAUGUCAGAUGCUCAAGUCGUUCUUUAGGUAUGGAGAAUGGGAGGACCCUGGAGCUCGCCAAAUGAGCUUUCUGAUGAAUCUUCCUCGGCCUAUCAAGUACAUCUACUACCUCUGGGUCAAGUAUGUACGUCGAGAUGACAUCUGGGCUGGUCUGAUCAAGGAUUGGCAUGCCAAGAGUGCAUUCAAGAACUGGAAAUUGGUCUCCAAACGUGAAGCAUACAAGGUCAAGUGGUUCGAUUGGUGGAAUAGUGUCAACGUCGACUUCCUUCUCACUCCGCCUAAUGCAACCCCGGCAGUGCCGCAUGAUGGCAUGAAGGAUGCCGUGAGCAGCUGUGGCUACACAUUCCUCUUCAAUCUGCUCGAUUACACAUGCGGCAUAGUUCCUAUCCUUCACGUUGACAAGAACCUCGAUAAACUUCCAGCAGACUUCAACAUCAAGAAACUGAAUGGUGUUGCGCAGGGUGCGUAUAAGUUGUACGACGCUGAGGCGAUGCACGGGCUGCCUGUGGCAGUUCAAAUUGUGGGACGGCGACUCGAAGAAGAGAAGGUGCUUGCCAUUAUGAAAAGAGUUGAGGAUGCUCUGGGUAGUGAUAGGUACCAGUUGCUGGAAAUUGAUUGAGCGUUCUUUUGAUCAAUGGAAGCUUCCUAAGACUCUUCUGUUUUUGCACCCCUGAGAAAUGGACCACAAGUGGACCCCAAUGGUUCUGGAAGGUGUACCUUUAGUUUUA